GGUCAUGAGAUUUCUGUGGAGGAUUGAAGCCUGAUGACGCGAAGGUGGCCAACAUUCGUGACUGGCCGCGUCCUCAGUCUGUGACUAAGAUGAGGUCUUUCUUAGGGAUGACCGGCUACUAUCGCAAUUUUGUGAAGAACUAUAGCAUAGUUGCCGCUCCUUUGACGAACCUGACCCGCCUUGACACCCCAUGGGAGUGGACAGACAGGUGUGAGGCUGCUUUCAGACAUCUGAAGCAUGCGUUGACACACCACGAGGUUUUGAAACUUCCUGAUCCCAAUAAGCCGUUUAUAGUAACCACGGAUGCUAGCCAAUAUGGCAUAGGCGCCGUGCUCGUGCAACAGGAGGGGCCAAAGUUUAGGCCAGCCGAGUACAUGUCAAAGAAGAUGUCGUCUCAGAAGUUGGCUAAGUCCACUUAUGAGAAAGAGCUCUACGCGAUCUACAAGGCAUGGGCCCAUUGGAGACAUUAUCUCCUUGGGAGGUUCUUCAUCGUCAGGACUGAUCAUCAGACCCUGAAAUGGAUGAGAACCCAACCAGUGCUCUCCGAUGCAUUGAAGCGCUGGAUCGAAGUCAUUGAACAGUAUAACUUCGAACCAUGGUAUCUCAAAGGGGAGUACAACAAAGUUGUUGAUGCCUUGUCGCGCAGGCCUGACUUCUCGGGUGCGCUGAUUACUGAGUUCGAGCUCACGGACAAUGUCACUCGCUCGUUGGUGGAAGCCUAUCGCGAGGACCAGUUCAUGUCUGAGAUCAUACACAGACUCGAGGCAAAGGACAAGGUGACUUCUGCCAAGUUUGAGUUGGUCAACGACUUGCUGUUGAGAAGGCUGGGAAUAAACGGAACGCAACUGCAGAUGACAUCAGAAAACCAUACCGAGGCGAAUGGGCAAGCAGAACAGUUGACCGCGCUUCGUGAGAGGCAGGACCCGGCGAGGAGUAGUAGCCGGGAAGAUCGCAGGGAGGAUGAUGCACGUCGUGGACCGCAGACCUGCUACGGCUGCAGAGUGGUUGGACAUUACCGUACGGAGUGCUGGAGGUACUGGACUGAUCCAGUUCCCCGACGUCGGAUGGAAGCGGAUGGGUACGUAUGUCCUACCGAAUUCAAUUCGAGGACUGGUGCUCCAUCACCGCCUAGGGACCGAGCGCAACCACCACAGGUGGUGGAAGCGACAGCACAGAAUCGCUUGGAGGAACUCGGACGUACGGUGGCUUCCGUGCAAGAGUUCGUUGAGAUGGAACGCGCUCGAAGAGCUGAGAGAGAGCAACUGCGCCGUGAGCGCGACGAAGGAAGGCUGGCCGAGGAGGCGGCCCGUGCGGCUGAAGUGGAGCGUGCGGUACGUAAAGCUGAAAAGCUCCGCAAGCGUGAGGAGGAGCAGUUAGCGAUGGCUAAAGCAGUGGAAGUACAGCUUUCCGUGCGUUUGGGUGACAUCCGGGAGGAGAUAAAGACUGAGGUUCGUAAGGCAUUAUCUAGCUCCUUGGCUAAACAACAAGUGACGGAGGCGGUGAUUGCUAAAGGCAAGGAGAAAGUUGUAGCGAUCGAGGAUCUUCCAUCGACUUCCGGAACAUCGAGCGAAGUGGAGGUCAUCACGGAGGGCACUGGUAAUCUCUCGCUUCAGGAGAAGGGUAAACGUGGCGAAGAUGUGCCUGUGACCACUCCGGCGAAGCGUACCAGUAAGCGAUCAGGCAUUCGACCGGUGCGCCUAUCGGAGCGCCUACAACGUACUCGGACUAAGAUCUCGGUCCGUCGACCAGCAAGAUGCGGAGCCACUAAAGCGCUCACCGCUAUGAAACCACCUGCGAGAGACACUAUGAUGGAACGAAUGCUGUUCCUCGAUAGUACUCGGAGGGAGCUCUCCAAGAUGGACUAUGAUACUCUGCAUGCGAUCUGUCGAGAGGAGGGGGUGAAUUAUGCUACGAAGGUACAAGCGAUAUUCGAUGUCGCGGAUCGGCGCGUGCAGGUACGUUUUGGGGAAGCAUUACCAGAUUUCAGUAGUGGCGAGAACGUGGAGGAUGAUGUGGGACAUUCGGGGAAUGAUGAAACCGAUUGCGGCGGUCAACCCUGAUCUGGGUUAACAACAACGCAAUGGGUGUUGAUCUCGGAUGUUAUCGAGUGCUUUCGGUAGGAUUUUGACGAGACCGUGGAUGGGAUUUUUUGCCUAUUGACUUUGUUGUUAGCUUUGCGCGAACGCCUUCGCUGGCUUUCGAAGUGUGUUGACUCAUGGCUUAAAUUGUUCCGGUGCUUCGGUUUGGAUUUUCUUAAGCAGCCGGGGUGCGUGUAUGUGGUAACCUCUACUAGGUGUAAGUCGCAGUAUGUUGGGCAGACAUCGCGGUUACCAGUUGUGAGGUGGAAGGAACAUUUGUCUGUUUGUAGGAGGAGUGCCAAGAAGUUGCACCUGUAUAGAUGGUGGAAGUGUUUUGGUCACGAAUCAUAUUGCUUGUUGCCUGUGGAAAUUGUGGAGAUUGAUGAUUUGGUUACCGUCGAGUCUGUUUAUAUUCGACAAUGGAGCCCGUUUCUGAAUACUGCAGGAGUUACUCUGCAGUCAUCUAAGAAUUGUCGGAGAGGUAAGAAGGAACAUACAAGACAGACGAGAAAGGCUGGUGGGGAGCAAGAUAACAAACGUUCCAUUAACCC